AUGGAUUCAGCAUCGGGCAGGCUUCCUCUUGAAGUACACGAGUACAUUCUCGAUCACCUCUGGGACGACCACAGCACACUGGCAGUAUGCAGCCUGACGUGCCGCGUUUGCUUACCGACUACGCGGUUUCAUCUGUUCCGCAGAGUCUCUCUGGCGAGCUACGUGGAAUACACACGAUUUGAACGAUUGUUGGAUGAGUGCCCCGGGAUUGCACACCACGUCCGCACUCUCCUGAUAUGCAAUGCCCACCACGUCGUUCCCAUGAAUCGCGACUUUACUCGCAUCUUGCUUAGGCUGCAGAAUGUCGAAUACUUAACCCUGAAUUGCUGGCGAGCAUAUCAGAUGUCAAACGAGACGAGGAAGAACUUGCAGGUGUGUUUCCCGGCGGUGAAGACAAUUGUCCUCGAAGAUUCCCAUUUCUGCGAUCACGAUUUCCCUGGGAUCAUCCUCGCAUGCCCCAGACUUACCGCGAUCCAUCUGAUUGGGAUAACGUCAUCAUCCUCCAGCUCUCCUCCGAUCUGGCCUCUCGAGCUCGUUCCGGCCGGUAGCUCACCGGAGAGUCAGGUCGACACGCUAGUGUGGUCGUUCUCAUCAAAUGACACACUUGUAUGGUUGCUCAAUGGUCCCUCAAUGCUGCGUCUCCGCGAGCUCCAGCUGUCUUUCUUCCACAGUGACAUACACCCAGAAGUUGAGAACCUGGCGCAACAGCUCCUCCAUGCAGCCGGGGCAUCGCUGCAGCGCUUAUCACUGGGAAUAUCUCCAACAUUCGGUACUCCCAACGUGUCGCACGACACGCUGCAUCUUUCGCGUAAUCCAAACCUGGAGUGGCUCCAACUGAAGGGCAUCAUCCUCGAUGGCGAUCGAGCCAUCCAUUUCUCCAGCAUUCUUUGUUCCAUUGUCUCUCAAAUUCAGCCUUGCCAUACCAAGCUCCGCCAGAUCCAGGCCGAGCUCAUAGUUGCACGCAUCUCUGACAUAGCUGCUCUUCGAUUUGAACAGUUUGACGAGACCCUGGCUGCGCUGUUGCAGGACAGGCAGUCCUUGGAGGUUCUGUUUCACGUGUGCAAUGCCACAUUGCAUUCUCGUGGGCACGACUUCCAAGCUUGGGCACGAGAGGUGUCGGACGUGAUCUCCACCGGCUUACCACGGGUGAGGACUCGGCUACUCGUGGAAUGUGCGGAUGCAGGAUUCCCUCAUGCGGGGUGGGGUGGGCCGACGAAGAGUCGCCAGCAAGUUGUAUAUAGGUACAGUGAGAAAUAG